AUGCCCAAAUGCACACAGGCAUUACGGUCUCAGACAUUCGCCCUCAUUACAGCAACCCGCACAGGAGCCAUCCCUCCAGCUUGGACCUUUAUUGUUUCUCCCGCUUCGGCUUCGUUGUCAGUCCUGUUUCCUUUAUCUUGUCUCCAAGUCUGCAAUGAUACACGUGCCAGCCACGGGGUGGUUUUGUGGCAGAUGCAGCAUUCUCCUCCUAUCCACGCCCGGAUGUGGACACACUUUCUGUGCCCAAAGUGCACACCAGCCAGCAUGUACACGCUUCUAUGUCUGCUCGUGGUGGUCCGGCCGCAGGGCCUGGCCGAGAAUCGUGUGUUUGUGUGUGUGUGUGUGUGUGUGUUUGUACAUAAAGAGUUGGGUCUCGAGGGGAUAAGGGGUGGCAAGAUCAAUAUCGAGUGGACGAGACGAGGCAAAAAACACGCAAAUUAA